ACCACGAUAUUCUCGACGGUUCGUUAUGAUUCACGUGUUUCUGGAAUCUUCUUCCUAAGUAUCUUCUCAAGCCGGUUUGAAGGCUAUAACUUGUAUGGGGGUCUAUACUGUUAUUUUGGUAUUUUAGUGGAUAAGUAAACGUUUCGUAACAAAGUUUUAACAGUUUCAACAUGUCUGUAGUUGGAAUCGAUUUCGGAACGUCGUCUUGCUACAUUGCUGUGGCGCGAGCAGGUGGUAUCGAGACAAUAGCGAACGAAUAUAGUGACCGACGCACCCCGUCAUAUGUAUCCUUGAGUGAGAAGAACCGAGCUGUUGGUGUGAAUGCACAAAACCAUGCAGUAACUAAUUUCAAGAACACAGUGUGUGGAUUCAAGCGUGUUUUGGGACGGAAGUAUUCUGAUCCUGAUGUACACACUGAACAACAAAACCAGUUCCGUGCCAAUGAAAUUGGAGAGGAUAAAGAUGGCAAUGUUGUUUUUCAGCUCAUGUAUAUGGGAGAAAAACAGGCUUUCACACCCGUACAGUUGACGACAAUGCUGUUCACAAAAUUGAAGCACACUGCUGAGGCAGCCUUGAAGACGAAAGUCAUUGAUGUUGUUGUGUCUGUUCCGCUGUUCUUCACGGAUACCGAACGGCGUGCACUGCUUGAUGCCUGUCAGAUGGCCGGGUUUAACUGUCUCAGACUCCUCAAUGAUACCACAGCCACUGCUCUUGCCUAUGGUAUUUACAAGCAGGAUUUGCCAGCAGAAAAUGAAAAACCGCGGAAUGUCAUUAUUAUUGAUCUCGGCUAUUCUUCACUGCAAGUUGCAGCUGUCGCUUUCCACAAAGGAAAACUGAAGGUACUUGCCACGAACUCGGAUCCCUAUCUCGGAGGUAGAGACUUCGACAGAAUUAUUCUGGACCAAUGUUGUAAAGAUUUUAAAGAGAAGUACAACAUUGACCCCAAGAGCCAGCCGAAGGCAUACAUCCGCCUGAUGACCCAGGUUGAGAAGAUGAAGAAACAGAUGAGUGCCAACACAGAGCCCAUUCCUCUGGGCAUAGAAUGUUUCAUGGAUGACAAGGAUGUAUCCACAAAAAUGUCAAGAGCUGAAUUUGAACAACUAUCAGAAGAUCUGCUUACAAGAAUUGAAUAUGCACUUAAAGAAAUUUUAAAAAGUACCAAUUUAAAAUCUGGUGAGAUUCAUUCAGUGGAAGUAGUUGGAGGUUCUUGUCGCAUUCCCGCUUUCAAGCGGUUGGUGAAGGAUGUAUUUGGGUUGGAACCCAGUACCACGCUGAAUUCAGACGAAGCUACUGCUCGGGGCUGUGCUCUUCAGUGUGCGAUUUUGUCCCCAACAUUCCGAGUGAGAGAUUUCAGCAUUACCGACUGUCAACCAUAUUCCAUCACCCUCACCUGGCAGGGACCCAUAGAAGAAGACAGUUCAAUGGAAGUGUUUCCUAGGUUUCAUCCUGCACCUUUUUCCAAAAUGUUGACAUUUUAUCGAAAAGAACCAUUUCAUCUGACUGCUCAGUACACAUAUCCGAAUGAAAUACCUUAUCCAACCACAAAAAUAGGAACAUUUUUUGUGAAAAAUGUUGUACCUCAGGCAAACGGAGAGAGUUCAAAAGUGAAAAUAAAAAUUAGGAUUAAUUCACAUGGGAUUUUUGAAGUCAAAUCAGCUAGUUUGGUGGAAAAGUUGGAAAAUGAAGAAGAAAAGCAAAACGAAACAGAAACAAUGGAUACUGAUGAAGGCAAAAAGAAUGGAGAAACUGAUGAGGAAAGUAAAUCCUCAGUUGGAGAUGAAGACAUGCAGACCGAUCAACAGUCGCCCACAGAAAGCUCCAGUGAAACUAGUGAUUCAACGACUCCAGAAAAACAGGAAGCUGAAAAGAAGACGACACCAAAAGGAAAAGAACCAAAGAAACCAAAGAAGACCAUUCGACAAAUAGAUCUCCCCAUAGAUGAGUGUGUACCUCAGUUAACAAAGAAUGAACUCAAUAUAUUGAUUGAAAAAGAGAAUGAGAUGAUGAUGCAGGACAAGUUGGAGAAAGAGAGAGCCGAUGCGAAGAAUACAGUGGAGGAAUAUGUGUACGACAUGCGAGAUAAACUUGGGGGUCCUUACGAGAAGUUCGCCUCCGAGGCGGAACGCAAUACCUUCAAUCAGCUGCUAAUGGAGACGGAGGAUUGGUUGUACGGUGACGGGGAUGAUCAGUCAAAACAAGUCUACGUAGACAAACUUGCCCAGCUGAAGAAAUUAGGUCAGCCGAUCGCAGAUAGGUAUAGAGAAGCUCAAGAGAGGCCAGAAGCCUUCAAUUUGCUUGGAUCUGCAAUUCAACACGUCCGAAAGUUCAUUGAUCAGUGGAGUCAAAAUGAUGAGCAGUACAACCACAUAGACAAGAAGGAUGUGGAGAAAGUGCAGAAAGCUCUAGCUGAGAAGACGGAAUGGUACGAACGCAGCUUAAACCAAACAUCAAACGCUAAACCUUAUGACACUCCUGUGGUGUUGGCAUCACAAAUCAUGCAGCAGAGACAGGCACUAGAAACAUUGGCCAAUCCAGUUAUGACAAAACCAAAACCAAAAGUGGAACCCCCCAAGGAGGAAAAGAAAGAAGAAGGACAGAAAGGUUCUGGUAAUGGAGAGAAAGGUGAUGGCGAAAACACAGAGCAGAAUGCCAGCCAGUCGGAAACCGUCAAACCCGACAUGGAUGUCGAUUGAUGAACACUGCAAUAGGAUUUUGAAUUUCUGAACAAAACUGUUUGUUGUGAAUUAUACAUGUAAGCUGAAGAUUCAAAAUUGACACCUUCGGAGAAUUACUUAGAGGAAACGGCAGACUAUUUGUUAACUGGUCCAUUGAUCUACUGUAUAUUAGCUUGUUAAUAGUUGUAAUGGUGCAGUGUUAUUUCAUCACGUAGACAAGGAAACUGCAAAACAAACAAAGUUGAGUGGUUAUAACAAGGUUCCAUGUUGUUAUGACUUGUUAAUGUUGCUGUGAGUCACGGCUCUAGGAUAUUGCUUUGUUAAAGUUGUCGUGAAAUAUUUGUCGUAUCUGUAAACUGACAGAGCAAAAAAAAACAUGUACUGGUUUCCUGAAUUGUUCAUCAGUUUCAAGACACAUUUUUUUCCCCUUUUUUUUUUUUUUUUUUUCUCUCAUUAUAUUGCCCUGGAUACGCACAUCACUUCAAAAUAUAUUAACGUUUAUUGUUAGUUUUUCUGCUUAGAGUUUUUGCUUUUGCUAAACCUAUACUGUAAGUUACAGUAACUUAAGUCAUAGGUGUUACUUACCCAACUUGCAGUAACAGUGAUCACUGUGUUCAAAUAUGUUAAGUUAUUACGUCUAACUAUGGGUUGAGGUUUUUUUAAUGAUAUUUUAAGUGCUAGCUGAACCACAUUUUGAUCAUGGUAGUUAUUCAUCUUAGUGCUUUUUGCCAAUGCAGAAUCUAUUAAUUUCUGUGUUGCAUUCAAGUCUAUAUGUAUUUAACUUGGGUCAUUCCAAAGCUAUAAAGUGCAAAAGAAACCGAAUGUAACAACACUCGACGUGGAGAAAGGAACAUCUCUAGUCAAGUAGUGAUAGUUAAGGUCACAGAACACCAGCAGUCUAUCUCUUCUUUUCAACUUGGCCUGACCUCAACAAAUUGCUUUUUUACCCCUAUGUUAGUAGACUGGUCCGAACAUCCGAACAGCCAAUGGGAUGGCUUAAAAUCUUCCAGUGGCAGUAGUUGAUCUUUGGAAAAUGCUGUAGUCCCAGUAAGUUAUUAAAGGCUCUUGUUUGAGUUGACUGUCCCUUUAAGAAAGAUGUUAUUAAUUUGGGACCAAACGUUAACACCAUCUGGGGUCGGGAGUUAGCAUACCUCAAUGACUCGGCUCGUUCGUUAACAUAUUGUGAGGCCUGACAAGUAGAAAUGUCUUGUGUUCAAAAUAUUGUUAUCAGAAAUCAGUUUUGAAACAUUUAAAAAGUAAUGUAAUUUUACUUUGGACAUAAUAAAUUCUGGUUGUCAGCUCUCCAUUGGUUCCAGUACAAUGUACUUUAAAAAGUUAAUAAUCUGACAUCGGUCAAGGUCAUGCUAUAUAGGGCUAGCUCUGGCACCCGCCAAAUUCGCCAAUUGUGAAUUUUGAAAGCAGUUGGCAAAUUUUAUUUUAAUUUGGAGAAAUAAUUUCGGGUAAUAAUUGACAUUUUAAAGAAAAAUAUCUGCUGAGUUUUUCCAUUUUUGAAUUUUAAUAGACAAUUUUGCUAAAUGUUUUGCUCACCCAGAGCUAGCCCUGCUAUAAGAUCUUACUGUUGAUCCAUUCAUGAGGGUUGUCGGAUCUUGUCGCAUUAUGUAAUCCUUUUGACCUUGUGGCUUAUAAAUAAUGCGUGAAACCCACUGUUCCAAAGUUAACUGAGCUUUCAGCAUUCAUGCACGUCGUUAUUUAUUAAAGUUAACAUUGUAUUCAUUAUAUUGGGCAUUUAUUAUCUUCAGUCAUGUCAUAAACAUGUAAAACAUAUUCAUAAUUUAAAUCCUAUUUUAAUAUGAACAGAUCCAGGGAUGGGAUUAAAUUUAAAAAAUAUAAUCUGAAGCAUGUUUGUUGUGCUAUGCUGACAUACUAAAAGCUGUUGGGUUUUUUUAGCUUCUAUUAAAAACUAUAACAUC